CCUGCUUCGCACGUGUUGCCUGGCGCAGUGAGCUGAGCAAGAUGGCGGCGUGCAGUGUGGAGGAGCUGCUGGCCAAAGCGGAGCAAGAAGAGGCAGAAAAACUGCGGAGCAUCUCCGUCCAGAAGGAACUGGAGCUGGAGUUUGACGUCGGGAACCUCCUGGCCUGCGACAAAAACCGCAUCGACUCCCGGGAAUUCCGGGAGCAGAAAAAAGAGGACUUCCUGCGAGCCUUGGCCCGGGACAACACGCAGCUCCUCAUCAACGAGCUGUGGAAGCUGCCCACGGAGCGGGUCGAGGAGGUGAUCGUGGCCAAACUACCGGAGCAGAGCACCCGGCUGCCCCGAGAGAAGCCCCCGCCGAAGCCCAGACCCCCGACCAAGUGGGAGCAGUUCGCCAAGCUGAAAGGCAUCCAGAAGAAGAAGAAGACCAACCUGGUCUGGGACGACGUCGCCAAGGAGUGGAGGAGGCGCUGGGGCUACAAGCGGGCCAACGACAACACCAAGGACUGGCUGAUCGAGGUCCCGCAGACCGCCGACCCCAACGAGGACCAGUUCUCCCAGCGCAACAAGGCCAAGAAGGAGCGGGUGGCCAAGAACGAGCUGAACCGGCUGAGGAACAUCGCCAGGGCGCACAAGAUCAAGACGCCCGGCGUGGGUCUGCUCCCCAAAGCGCAGCAGUCCAAAGACGAGCUGGCCAAGGCCGUGAGCGUGGCCCAGACGUCCACGGCGUCCGUGGGCAGGUUCCAGGACCGGCUGCCCAAAGAGAAGCCCCCCAAGAACUCCGGCAAGAGGAGGAAGUUCUCGCCCCUCAUCGGGGACUUCUCCAGCGAGAAGCAGAGGCAGCUGGAGCUGCUGAAGAGCUUGGGCAGCAAGACGCCGCGGCUGGACAUCACCAGGGCCGUGAACACGCAGAUGAGGGAGGAGGACAGGGAGGAGGCCGCGGCGCGGCGGAGGAAGGGCGCCGGGGGCAAGGGGGCCGGAGGGAAGGGGCGCAAAGGCGGCACGCCGGCGAAGGGGAAGGGUAAGGGGGCCGGAGGGAAAGGGAAGGGAGGAAAAGCAGGAGGGGGGAAGAGGAGAGGAAAAGCAGGGAAGCACUGAGGGCUCCUCUGGAGGUGUUGGACAUUUGUGCUGCAGAAUGAACUGAUUUCCUCAUGAAACCUGUGUAUGAAUAAAUGUGCAAACUGAUCCUGAAA